AUGACAGGAGUUGCUGGAGGGACUUUGAAAGCUUCGGAGUUCGACCACGUCGAGCUCGAUCCCACAAAGAGCGAGUCAUCGACCGAGGACAUCGACUGGACCGAGCAAGAAGAGACAGCCAUCAGGCGGAAGAUCGACCGCCGAAUUGUGCCCCUGGUCACCCUGUUGUACCUCUUCUGUUUCCUAGACCGUGCCAACAUUGGAAAUGCCCGGAUUCAGGGAAUGGCCAAGGAUCUCGACCUCGUGGGGUACCGCUUCAAUUGGGCGCUGAGCGUCUUCUACAUCGUUUAUCUCCUGGUGGAGGUUCCGAGCAACAUCCUCCUGAAGCACGUUGGACCUCGAUACUACAUCCCGGGACUUGUCUUUGGCUUCGGGCUAGUGUCGCUCUGCACCGCCUUUGUCAAGAACUUUAACCAGCUGUGCGUCGCGCGUGCUUUUCUGGGCGUCUUUGAAGGCGGCACCAUGCCUGGUAUCUCGUUCUUCCUGAGCACCUUCUACAAGCGGCGAGAGCUGUAUUUCCGGAUCGGCAUAUUCAUAUCCGCAGCUUCCAUCGCUGGGGCCUUUGGAGGCUUGUUCGCCACGGCACUGUCGCAAUCGUAUCCCUCGUUGGGGAGUAGAGUCUACUCCGAUCCAUUCUUCCAGAUCACCGUCAUCGUGGCAGCGGCUGCUCCGGUGUUAAUGCCAUCAAAUCCACGGACUUGUCGGUUUCUCAGUGAACGGGAACGUCACAUUGCUCAUGAACGGCUGAUUCGCGAGCACCGCGCUGAUCCAAUGGAGAAAUUUCAGUGGCAUCACAUUCGAGCUGCCAUCUUUAACAUCAACAACAACCUGUGCGCGGCCGGCUUCUUCUUGAUCAACAUCACCGUCCAAGGCCUGUCCAUUUUCAUGCCCACGAUCCUGGCGGAUCUCGGCUGGACCGCGACCAAGGCACAACUGUUCUCGGUUCCGCCGUACGUUGCUGCAUGUCUGGUGGCGAUAUUGAUUGCAUACAUCAGCGACAAAACUCGCAGGCGUGGCAUUUAUCUUGCAGGGGCCACUUUCCUCCCAAUCGUGGGGUUUUCUAUCCUUCGAUGGAGCACGAAUUCCUCGAUCCGAUACAUGGCUGUGUAUUUUAUCACCAUCGGGGCAUUUCCAGGAGGACCAGGGUUCCUCUCUUGGGGAAUCAACAAUUCUGCUGGACCUGCAGUGCGUGCUGUCGCGACUGCCUGGAUUGUCUCGAUUGGGACUCUAGGAGGUGUCCUUGCCACAUGGACCUACCUUGUGCGCGACGCGCCGCGAUACCCCAUCGGCCACACCAUCAACCUAUGUGCACAGAUCCUUGUCCUUGCCGUGGCAAGCUUUGGAAUUGGAUACAACAUGCGUGAGAAUCGACAACGGGAACAAGGAAAGCGAACGCAUCGACUGGACGGGUUGGACGAGGCUGAGAAGCGGGACCUCGGGCACAAGCACCCAGACUUUAGGUAUAUUCCGUAA